CUCUCCCUCUCCCAUAAAAUCACAGUGGCUGAAGAUUUCUGUGUCGUUGACGGGUGACUAUGACCAGCGACUUGGAUCUCCGGCGAGUUGCAAGGUUUUUCUGCUAAACGUUGCCGUAUUGCGUGAUCUGUGAAACUCGGGGAAGUGGCGCGGAGCAAGCAUGGAGGAUGAGAAAGCGAGCGCGGUGAUUGGGUUGGUGAAUGAGAUUGCUAGCAUCUCAGAUUACAGGCCUACGGUGAAGAAGCAGUACUGCAACUUGGCGCGUAGGUUGAAGCUGCUGAUCCCGUUGUUCGAAGAGAUUACGGACAUGAAAGAGGCGAUUCCUGAGGACACUUCCAAAGCCAUGCUCGCCUUCAAGGAAGCUCUCGAAUCCGCCACGGAACUCCUCAGAUUCGGAAGUGAAGGAAGCAAGAUUUACUUGAUCGUAUUUGCUGAAAUUGCAAGGCUGCAACAGAUCAAUAUCUUGGACGAUAUGUAACACUGGGUUCCUGUAGGUUUCUUGAUGCGUGCUGGCUGCACCUGGGUAUCAACAGAAGAAUAUUCUCUCUUUUAUUUCCAAUUGUUAUACAAGCUUUUGAUAGGAACUUGAAUCAAGAGUUUCAUAUGCUUUUUCUUUCUUUGCUAGAGAUACUUUCCCAACUUCACAGGGAAAUUUAAGGAUGUAAGUUUUACACAUAAAGAUAAAGAGGGAGAUUUCUGAAUGCAGUGAAUUUCUUGCAGUUAAAAACUGUGCACAUCCCCUUUUUGAGCUAGUGUAUUUGUUAAUUACUAUGGUUAACAAGAGGCUAAUAUAUACUAUGGAUCAUGAAUAGCACUCUUACUUUGAUCAAACCUUCUUUGGUAUGUUUUUAGCUGUUUGGUGAUUAUGUCACAUGGUUCAAAUGCUUUGAACCAUUGUUAUUUGGAUAACUGAUUACCUAUAUCUGUUGUGUGGAGCUUUGCAGAAAAAAGUUAAAAGGCAGAAGCAGAAGUAAGGGAAGGGUAUUUUACUUUAAUGGUGUCCAAAAUUAAUAAAAACACUGCCCAUGCUAUUAAAUUUAUUAUAUUGUGGGACUCUGAAAUGGUCAAACUAAUCCAGGUAUAUGCAACACUAUGAAAUAAUGCAAUUUACUGUAGUAGUACUAUUUGAAAUCUAAAUAAUAUUUACUUAAUAUUUGCUAGUGUUGUAUUAAUUUUAUGUCUACAUGGAAACCUUAGUUUACUUACAGUUUAAUAGGAGGCAGUCUUGUAUGCUUGUUUUGACCUGUAGUUGCUUGAAGCUCUGUUUCGCUUGUAAAUCCCCAUUAUAACUAUGGGUUGAGAAAACAUUAUGGAAACAUGUUUCCAAUGAAAUAUCAUCUACUGCCUUAGAUGUUGAUUCAGCUGUCUUAACUGUUUUCAGGUCCUUGAGAGAGACAAAAUUAUGAAUAAAUUCAAUGAGGUGACAACUCAGUUGGAACAGUCAUUGGGUGCAAUUUCCUUUGAUCAACUUGACAUAUCAGAUGAAGUUAAAGAGCAGGUUGAGCUGGUUCUUGCCCAGUUCAAAAGAGCUAAAGGGAGGGUUGAUGAACCAGAUGUCAAGUUGUAUGAGGAUAUGCUGUCUCUUUACAACAACAGCAAUGAUGCAGCUAUAGAUCCAUCUGUUCUAAGUCGAUUAGCUGAAAAAUUGCAAUUGAUGGGAAUAGCUGAUCUUACACAAGAAUCACUUGCUUUGCAUGAGAUGGUGGCAGCAAGUGGUGGGGAUCCAGGGGCACACAUUGAGAAAAUGUCGAUGUUAUUGAAGAAGAUAAAGGAUUAUGUGCAAACUGAAAAUCUAGACAAGGAUGAUAAUUUAGAAGGAAAAGGCAUUUCGUCAAGAGUCAGUGGACUAGGAACAAAUGAAAAGAGUCAUCAGGCUCCUGUUAUUCCUGAUGAUUUUCGAUGUCCAAUUUCCCUAGAAUUAAUGAAGGAUCCUGUCAUUGUUUCAACUGGACAGACUUAUGAGCGUGCUUGUAUUGAGAAGUGGUUGCAAGCAGGGCAUGGAACAUGCCCAAAAACACAACAACCUCUCACUAGUACUGUUCUCACACCCAACUAUGUCUUACGAAGCCUCAUAGCACAAUGGUGUGAAGCUAAUGGCAUAGAGCCACCAAAACGACCCAGCAGUUCACAACCUAGUAAAUCAGCAUCAGCCUGCUCCCCAGCUGAGCGAAGUAAGAUUGGAAAUCUUCUCCAAAAGCUCACAUCUGGCAGUCCUGAAGAGCAGAGAUUAGCUGCAGGUGAAAUCCGCCUUCUUGCGAAACGCAAUGCAGAUAACCGUGUGGCCAUUGCUGAAGCUGGUGCAAUACCUCUCCUUGUCCGUCUCCUGUCUGUGCCUGACUCCCGCACUCAAGAGCAUGCUGUGACCGCCCUUCUGAAUCUUUCCAUACAUGAAAAUAACAAAGGAAGCAUUGUUUCCUCAGGAGCAGUUCCAGGUAUAGUUCAAGUGCUGCAUAAGGGAAGCAUGGAAGCUCGGGAAAAUGCAGCAGCAACACUUUUCAGUCUUUCAGUUAUAGAUGAAAAUAAGGUUACAAUUGGGGCUUCAGGAGCCAUACCACCGCUAGUGAUACUGCUGAGUGAGGGUACCCAAAGGGGUAAGAAAGAUGCUGCAACAGCACUCUUCAAUUUGUGCAUUUACCAGGGUAAUAAGGGAAAGGCAGUGAGGGCUGGUGUUAUUCCCACACUGAUGCGGCUGCUGACUGAACCUAAUGGGGGAAUGGUGGAUGAAGCAUUGGCUAUUUUGGCAAUAUUGGCUAGUCAUCCUGAAGGGAAGGCUACCAUUGGAGCUGCAGAGGCAGUACCAGUUUUGGUCGAGUUUAUUGGGAAUGGAUCCCCAAGGAACAAAGAGAAUGCAGCUGCUGUUUUAGUUCACCUCUGUUCUGGAGAUCAACAAUAUCUAGCACAGGCCCAAGAGCUAGGGGUGAUGGUCCCACUGUUGGAAUUGGCUCAAAAUGGUACAGACAGAGGGAAAAGGAAGGCUGCACUAUUGCUAGAGCGUAUGAGCAGGUUUCUUGAGCAGCAGCAGGAAGUUCCAACACAAACUGAAAGUCAAUCUCAGAACGAGGAUGUCCAACCACCUUCAAUUGCUAACAUCGAUGAUUCCUGAGAUGUCUCGUUAUACUUUGUUCUUUUUGUUCUUUUUAAAGUGUUGAAAGAAGCAUCUGUUUGGAGGAAAGGGUGGUGGAAGAUCACCUUCCUACUCCAUAAGUUAUUUGUUUGUCUGUGUGAUAUACAGAGGGGUAAGAAGAAAUCGAAAAAGUGGGCAAGGUGUGCCUGACAUGGAAAAUGUAUAAUUGUAACAUGUACUAUAUUCUAAUCAUCCUCAUAUUUUAACGAAGAGAUGUUUUGUUUAUUUGUACCGCAGCACAUGAUGUUAACGAUGUUAUAAAAGUAUAAAGGCAUUCAUGUUUUUAU